UAACGCCGGAAGUUGCGCCAAAGGCGCGAACACUAUCAACAAAGAUCACAAUUUAUAUAUCUAAACUAUUACGAUUAAAUUGUUUUAAAAUGUAUGUCAGUUAGUUAAACCCAUAUCUCGGGACUGUUGGUGGGACUGUUGGUUUAAGAUAACAUGAGCAGUGGUCGUUUUUGGAUGUUUUUAUGUUGUAACUGAGCUACAUGCAAGUUUGAACGUUAGCUCGCAAGUUUAUGUUGCGCAGCUAACAAAGUCAGUGUAGGCUUUCUAAAAAGUGACAGCAGACUUCACAAACGUCAACUCGCUGACAAGCCGCACUAAGGUAAAACUAGCUUCAUAUGACUAAUCGGAGUUCAUACUGAUUUCCGUCGGAAUACACGGACUGUCUUUACUGGCGCUCUUGAGCUCUUCUAUUAAAGGGUCACCAUGUCUAAGGCAGAAAAAGAAGGCUUCAUUGUGAAGUUUGUGGAAAGUGAAGGAUCAAAAAAAGACUGUGCUGCCAAAGCUUAUGAGGCCAUUUUGGAGCUGCAGUCUGAAAAAUAUUUGAACACCAUCACAGAAGAUGAUGUUUUGCGCAUGGAUAAGAAGGACAAGUCUCUGUUUGUGUUCACCAGUUUUACAUCUCCGGCCUUUCUUCACUGCAAGAAGCUUGGUUGCAGAAUAGUGAGUCCACUGGUGGUGUUGUACUGCCUGCAGCAACAGCGUUGUGUCCCCAAAGCAGAGAAGCCUGUCUAUAACAUGGCCAUGGCUGAUGUCACCAUUUGCUGCACCAGUAUGGACAGAGCAAUACGGGAAGAGCUGAUGGAUCUGGUGCAGCUCAUGGGUGGAUGGGCCUAUUCGGAUCUAAACGUAUCUGUUACACACCUGAUUGCAGAAGAGGUGGGCAGUAAAAAGUACCUGGUAGCAGCCAGCCUCAGUAAACCCAUCCUGUUGCCUACAUGGGUUAAAGCCUGCUGGAAGAAAUCACAGGAUAGUCUUUUCAGAUAUACAGACCUGCCCUUAGAGGACUAUCUUUGCCCUGUGCUGCGUGGUUGUAGUGUUUGUGUGACUGGUCUGUCCAGCACAGAGCGCAAAGAAGUACAAAGACUUUGUGAGCAGCAUGGGGCCAACUACACCGGUCAGCUCAAAAUGAAUGAGUGUACACACCUCAUUGUUAAUGAACCAACAGGUCAGAAGUACGAGUGUGCUCGGAAGUGGAAUGUGUAUUGCGUGUCUUUGCACUGGCUCUUUGACAGCAUAGAGAAUGGCUACUGUCAAGAUGAGAGCAGGUACACUGUGGAGCGCAAUGCUUCAAAAACCACUCGACCACACACUUCCACACCUACUGGUACCAGUAAGAAGGACGAGGGUCCGUCACUGUUGGGCUUGAGCAACAUUUCUGUGAACACUAGCAGGACAAUAAACGACACGGCUCUCACCAAUAACAGCACUGUCAGCCACCUGGAAGCUCCAGACCCCACAGAGAGUCUGGAUCUUACCGUAUGCCCUGCUGAUGAUUUAUUGGAUGGCUGUAAGCUGUAUCUGUGUGGCCUGCCAGGGAAUAAACUGGAGAAGUUACGGCGUCUUGUAAAUGCUGCAGGAGGUCUGCGCUUCAACCAACCCAGUGAGGAGCUCUCUCAUGUGGUCAUGGGCGAGCUGGACCAGGACCUCAAUAAUUUUCUUUCCAAAGCAACUCACAGAAUUCAGCAACAGGGAGAAUUGCGUGCUUUGAUCCGGGAGUCAAAGCUGGAUCGUGGCUGCUUUUUGCCCACUUUAAUAUCCUUUCUGCAUGUCAUGUGUGUGGAGAAGGAGUGUGUCCUGCAGCUGUCCUCCCACCCUUUGUUCACUCCUGUCCCAGUGAUGGACGGACAGUUUCCUCUCAAAGAUUGCGUCCUCUCUGUCAGCCAGUUCACCGGAGCAGAGAGGGAGUCUUUGGUGGAGCUUGCCAAGCACCUUGGAGCCGACGUCCAGGAUUAUUUUGUGCGCCUGGCCAACCAGAAGAAAGGCAUGUUGGCCAGCACUCAUCUGGUGCUGCAGAGCCCCGAGGGCACAAAGUACCAGGCAGCAAAGAAGUGGGGGCUUCCUGCUGUUACCAUGCACUGGAUACUAGAGUCUGCUCGAACUGGGAAGAGAGCAGAGGAGGGAAGAUUUUUAGUUGAUCUGCCAUCCUCACCAGAAAGGGAUGAAGAGAGUUUUGUAGGUGGUUCGCAGAAACAGAUUAUGCCUCCACCGGCUCGUUCCUCUCCAGAAAUCCCUUUGUUGGGUCCCCGGAGCGGUAAGGCUGUCACUCCUCUGGAUUUAGGCCGCUUUCAGAGCAAAGUGUUCCAAUCUGUUUUGGAUGAGAUGAAGCCCAAAAAGGACAUCAGCACCCCAAAACAAAACCAGGAGGGUGGCAGAAGGAACCCACUACAGAACGAGGCCUCCCUGCAGCUGGACACCCCUUCUCGUUUCCUCAACCGAGACCAGCUCUUCAGACCCUCUUUUAAUGUCAAGGAUGCACUUGGAGCUAUGGAAACUCCGGGUGGGGCAUCGAAACCAGGGAAGAGGAUUGAGACUCCACUCACUGAUGUCAUCAACAGGAACCUGAAAGUAGCGCUGGCUAAUAGCACCCGCAAUAAUGUCUCAGAGAUGCAAGCAGUCUCUGCCAGUCCCCAACUUGCAAAGACAGCUGAGAAGGAGAGUCCACGAAAAGAAGCCGGUCCCCUGAAUGGUGUUGUGAUCUGCGUGGGAAAGAAACUGAGCAAAAUGCAGAGUGAACUAAACGCCAUCGCUGCCUCGCUUGGAGCCGACUUCAGGUUUGUAAACUUUACUUACCGGUAAGAGAUUUCUAUUUUAUUUCAUUUUUUUAAACCUUUCAAAUCCUGCUUCUAUCUGUCGCCACUCUCCCUCUAUUUCAAGCUAAACAUGCCUUCCCAGUAUAAAUACUGUGUGCAGUAACGUGUCUGUUUUCGUCCUGCGCAGUGCGCUGAUGAGCAAAGGCACGUCCCGGAGUCUCUCUAUCCUUUCACCUACAACCCUAAGAUGAGUUUAAACCUGAGCCAGGUGCCCAGCAACUCUCAGAGGUCACCACCUUUAACACGAACACAACGCAAAGACAUCAGGGAGACAAAGGAAGACGAGUUUGUGCACAAUCCCACACAAGAAGCUGCAACCCAACGCCGUGUGAGUGAUGGAAGCACAGACCAAGAAGAGAUGAAUGAUAGCACAGAAAGGAGGGAAACGCUAGAGAUGAGAGAGAACCUGCAAAGACAACUGCAGGAGAUCAUGUCAGCCACUAAACUGACGACAGGGAGGCGUACCUCAGUCAGGCUCGCUAGGAUGGGAUCCGGAGGGGGAGACUCGGGCCCCCAAACACCCGAAGGGAGCAGAGUUGGACGGAGCGGUAACAGACGGACUCUAGAAGCUCUGAGGGUUCCUCGAGAAGCGGCUAUGGACAUGAACACAGAGCCAUCCCAGAGUGAACAGAUAGUUUGGGAUGACCCCACAGCCAGAGAAGAGAGGGCCAAGCUCGCUGAUAAUUUACAGUGGCCUGGAAGCCCAUCGCAGCACUCUGAGCUCCUCGCUCCUCCUCCAACUGCAGACAGCGGACCACAGCUAAGGGACUCCAUGACGGACUCAGAGCUGGUAGAGAUGGCUGCUUGUGACGUCAUUGAGCAGCACAUGAACAAGAAAGUCCUGACGCCUCCUCCCGAGGAGCCAGAGAAUGACGUCCUCACUCCUAAAGCUCCCAGCAUUGCCUUUCCUCUCGCCAACCCCGCAGUAGCACCGGAACCACAGGAGAAGAAGAAGGAAGAAAAACAGCAACCCAGAUUUCAGCUGUCCUCCCUCAGCCCCCAGGAGCGCAUUGAUUACAGUCACCUCAUAGAGGAGCUUGGUGGUGUAGUCUUGGAUAAGCAGUCUUUUGACCCCAGCUGCACACACAUCAUCGUCGGGACACCCCUGCGUAAUGAGAAGUACCUGGCAGCGAUGGCAGCUGGGAAAUGGAUCCUGCACCGCUCGUACCUGGAGGCGUGCCGCUCUGUGGGUCUCUUCAUUCAGGAGGAGGAGUUUGAGUGGGGCAAUAGCUCCAUCCUUGACGCAUUGCCCUCCAUCACCUCCCAACAAAAGAGACUAGCGUUAGCCGCCAUGCGCUGGAGAAAAAGCCUGCAGGGACACUCUGAACAUGAGGGCGCCUUCAGUGGAUGGACAGUCAUGCUGAACAUCGACCAGAGCAGAGAAUCGGGAUUCAGGCGGUUGCUGCAGUCUGGCGGGGCGAAGGUCCUUCCUGGUCCCUCCCCAUCCCUGUACAAAGAGGCCACACAUCUUUUUGCAGACUUCAGUCGACUCAAACCCGGAGACUUCAGAGUUGAUGUUUCAGAGGCUACCUCACAAGGAGUCACAUGCCUGAAGCCAGAAUACAUUGCAGACUAUCUCAUGCAGGAGCCAACACCACCCAUCGAGCUGUACCACCUGACUGAAGCUCCCUCUGAAGAAGCUCCAGGCACACCAUCACGUAAACGUAAAGCAGCAGCAGAGACCCCCAGGCUGAAAAAGAGCCGUGUGAACUGAAGUUAAAUAUCUUAAAUAUUUUCAACAAUGUGAAAAUAAUUGUAAAAAAAAAAAUCCCUAUUUUUUAUGACCUGUAUGAAAAUAAAAUAAAUGUAGCACCUGUAUUGUAAUACUGCAUUUUUCAUAGAGCGCCCUGGAGCUGCUGCUUGCACCGUGAGACUCGGCUUGUGAUGGAUGAGUUAAUGAACGUCUGCAGAAAAUGUUGAGUCACGUUUUGUAAUUGCAUGCGAUGCUACUCUCUGGCCUGUAGAGGGCAGUAUUGUGUCAUUGCAUGCCUCAGGUCUGAUUUCUCAGCAGCAGAAUGUAAACUCAAGUCUCCCAAGUGCUGUUUUAACAUUUAUAUAUUUAAUAACUUUACUUAUUGUUUAGGGUUUUUUGGGGGGUUAACCAAGCCUUCUAUAAUUUUUUUUUUUUCAAAUGUCCUGUUAUAAGUGUGUGUUGUUAACUUUCUUUCUUUUGCAAAAUAAAACCUGCCUGUGUAUUUAUUGAGAAAUCA